AUGUUGUUUCAGAAUAUCGUGCUCGGUGCCUUGAGCCUGUGCGGCUACGUUGCAUCAGCAAGUCCGCUCGAAUUGCAGAACGGCCACACGCCUACGGUCAACCAUCUGGACCGCCGUAAUUCCGCUGAAGUCUCCUCGCAGCUCGAAGGUCUUCGUGUGCAGUACUCCCUGCCCGCCCUCGCGAUCAGCUUCAACGACGGCACCGGUCUCAACCAAGCACAUACCGGCGUACGCAAGCUCGGGGAUCGAACGAACGUCACGGCCGACGACGCUUGGCCACUCGGCUCCAACACAAAAGCCAUGACCGCUACCAUCGUCGCACUGCUGAUCCAAGAUGGGCUGCUAGCCUGGAAUACCACAUUGGAUGAAAUCUUCGCCUCUGCCAAUCUCACCAUUCAGGAUGCGUUCGUCAAUGUGACUAUUGGCGAACUUGCGACGCAUCGUAGCGGCAUCACCGGCACAUUUGGCGUCGACAAUCCGCCCCUGCUACCGUCACAGAUGCUCGAGCUGUACGAAAUGAAUGCCACCUUGGGCCGUGCAGUUGCCGUGUCAACAGUCCUACUACUCCCGACCCUUGGCGAAAGAGGGUCGUAUCAAUACUCGAACAAUAACUACAUCAUUCUUGGAUUUGUGAUCGAUGUCGUCACCGGAGAAGCAGCUGAAGAUGUCAUCAGCAAGCGUCUGUGGGAGCCACUGGAGAUGCAGUCGGCAGGCUGGGGUGCUGUCUCGGAGUCAAAUGCUACGUCGGUAGAGAACCCAUGGCCGCAUCUAUUGAACCUGACGACGGCGGAGCCUUAUGCGUACCACCCAGAGUGGCCUGUCGUGUUCAGGGACCUUGCCCCGUACAUGGAUACCGCGGGGGUGGCACAUAUGAGCCUCGCAGAUUAUGACAAAUGGCUGCGGCUCCAUGUCGACGAGGAUGCGCAGCAAGCAGUGGGCCUCGAGGCGGUGCAGCUGGAAAUGCUCCACACGGCCUAUCAUGGAGAGGACGAUGAAGAGGAGGCGGAAGGGUACACCUAUGGAGGCUGGAUUCGCGUAGUCGAGGGAUGCCCAGGCGCGGAAGACAAUGGCUUUUGCCUGGUCCACACAGGCAGCAAUACCAUGUAUGUGACCUAUGCAUGUAUUGACACCGGCGAUCGGAUAACGGCAUCCGCCAUGACAAACGCGCCAUAUGCCGGUGGCGGAAUUAAUGGGACGACAAUGGCUGCGGUCAUGGUCCUCAACGGCACAAUUACGCUGUAG